AUGACAUGUGUAGAGCCCCAGAAGGCAACCAAGCAGGAGAUGGCGGCCUUUCACACAGACGAGUACAUUAGCUUUCUGGAGAGUGUGACUACCAAACCCAUUGCAAGUGAUGCCGCUAAGCUGUACAUGCACAAUGUCUUUGAGGACUGCCCAGUGUUCCCUGGGUUGUAUGACUUCUGUCGCUCUUCGGCUGGUUCGAGUAUUGGCGGUGCCGUAGCUCUCAACUGUCGUGACAGUGUCAUUGCGAUCAAUUGGAGUGGGGGCCUACACCACGCCAUGCGCUCAGCCGCCUCGGGCUUCUGCUAUGUGAACGAUAUUGUUCUGGCUAUACUGGAGCUGCUGAAGUAG